AUGCCUCAAGUUUUACGACAAAAACUUAAGAACCAUUUCCUUUUAGGCUUUAUUCCUUUUGCAGCAACUUGUGAUGAUGUCUUAAAGCUGCUAAUUUCUGAUAUUAAAGAACUUGAAAGUGGAUUUGAAAUGGAUUUAGGUGAUAUAACAUCAGAUUUACCUGAUGGAAAUGAACAAGCUGGAGUUAAAAAUCAUAAUGCGUAA